GCGCAGCAGCGGUGAGGAGAGUGCGCAUGUGCAGACACGUACAUGACAGUUUAGGGAAUGAAAAGAUGUUUGUGUUUUAUUUCGCGACUUGUUUAUAUUUCAGCGGAACAUAAUAAAGAUGUUUCACUCAUUCACUCCUUUAGACUUCAUUAUACUCGUACUAAAGCAGUUAAAACACUGUCGAAGUACAGGUGUGAAGAGGGAAAAUCAUCAGACAGUCAGAAAUGGAGGAAUCUUGAACAUAAAGGUCCAUAUUUCCCUCCAGAAUAUGAGCUGCUGUCUGAUAAUGUCACAUUGUAUUAUGAUGGACGGCCGGUGAAACUGAGUCCAGUCACAGAGGAGAUUGCAACGUUCUACGCUAAGAUGCUGGACCACGAGCACUCCAGCAAACACGUGUUCCAGAACAACUUCUUCACUGAUUGGAAAGAGGAAAUGACCAAAGACGAGAGGAAGUUGAUCAAGACGCUCUCAAAGUGCGACUUCAGUGAAAUCCACAAAUACUUUGUGGAGAAGUCGGAGGAGAGGAAGAACAUGAGCAAAGAGGAAAAGCAGGUCCUGAAGGAGGAGUCCAAUCGUCUGACAGAGGAGUACGGUUACUGUCUGCUGGACGGACACCGCGAGAAAAUCGGAAACUUUAAGCUAGAGCCGCCGGGUCUGUUCCGCGGGCGAGGAGAACACCCCAAGAUGGGCAAACUGAAGAAGCGCAUUCAGCCCGAAGACGUCAUCAUCAACUGCGGCAAAGACUCGAAGAUCCCCGAAGCUCCUGCAGGUCACCGGUGGAAGCGUGUUCAACAUGACCACACGGUCACAUGGCUGGCGUCCUGGCUGGAGAACAUUCAGGGACGACCCAAAUACAUCAUGCUGAACCCCAGCUCCAAACUGAAGGGGGAGAAGGACUGGCAGAAGUAUGAAACGGCUCGUCAGUUGAAGAUGAGCGUGGACUCCAUCAGGAAGGAGUACCGCCGGGACUGGACGUCCAGAGAGAUGAAGACCAGACAGAGAGGAGUCGCACUGUACUUCAUUGAUGAGCUGGCCCUGCGAGCAGGUAAAGAGAAGGACGAUGAGUCCGCUGAUACGGUAGGCUGCUGUUCUCUGCGUGUGGAGCACAUCACUCUUCACAUGGACGGACCGGAGUAUGUUGUCGAGUUCGACUUCCCGGGCAAAGACUCCAUCCGCUACCGCAACAAAGUGCCAGUAGAGAAACAGGUUUUCAAAAACUUGAAACUGUUCAUGGAAAACAAAAACCCAGAGGAUGAUUUAUUUGACAGAAUUACAACGGUCUACCUCAACAAAACCCUCAAUGAGUCGAUGACGGGACUGACGGCGAAAGUGUUUCGAACCUUCAACGCUUCGACCACACUGCAGGACCAGCUCAAUCAACUCACUACAGACAACAUGAUGGUGGAGGAGAAGAUCUUGUCCUAUAAUCGAGCGAACCGAGCUGUGGCCAUACUGUGUAACCACCAGAGGGCAGCACCCAAAACCUUUGAGAAAUCAAUGCAGCUGCUGCAGGAGAAGAUCCACAAGACACAGAAACACAUAGCAGAAGCCAGAAACGAGCUGAACGUGGCAAAGAGAGGUCAUGAAGACGCUCCGACUGACAGAUCCAAGAAGCUGGUAGAAAAGAAGGAAAAGAUGGUUCAGAGAUUAUAUGAACAGUUGAAGAAGCUGCAGCUGCAGGAAACUGAUCGUGAGGAGAAUAAAGUGAUCGCUUUGGGCACGUCCAAACUCAAUUAUCUGGACCCUCGCAUCACUGUGGCCUGGUGUAAGAAACAUCAUGUCCCCAUUGAAAAAAUCUAUAACAAAACCCAGAGGGACAAGUUCGGCUGGGCCAUUCUCAUGACGGAGGAGCACUUCCAGUUCUGAUGCCUCACAAUGACACCUCGGAGAAUACUUCUGUUGAGAAGAUGUGUCUUUGUUUUCUCCAGCUGGAUUGAUGUACUCAUGAUGUGUCUGUUGUGUAAAAUGAUCAAACGUCUCUAGUAAAAUCAUAUUGUUCUAUUUCGGUUCUUUCUUGCAUGUGAAAUUGAGAUCCUGCGACUUUAGUUUGAGUGACAGCUGUCAUUAAUGAGUCUCGUGCUCGUCGUAAAGAUAAACGUCAGCCGCAGGUUACGUGCAGAUGAUACGUGACGUUUACAUGACCACAUAUACACCCGUGUGCGUUUACAUGACCACAUAUACACCCGUGUGCGUUAACAUGACCACAUAUACACCCGUGUGAGUUUACAUGACCACAUAUACACCCGUGUGCGUUAACAUGACCACAUAUACACCCGUGUGAGUUUACAUGACCACAUAUACACCCGUGUGCGUUAACAUGACCACAUAUACACCCGUGUGAGUUUACAUGACCACAUAUACACCCGUGUGAGUUUACAUGACCGCAUAUACACCCGUGUGAGUUUACAUGACCGCAUAUACACCCGUGUGAGUUUACAUGACCGCAUAUACACCCGUGUGAGUUUACAUGACCGCAUAUACACCCGUGUGCGUUAACAUGACCGCAUAUACACCCGUGUGAGUUUACAUGACCGCAUA